GCUAGCUGCCGCUUAGCAACGCGAGGCUGGUCAAGUGACCCCACCAGCUGACUUGGUGGGGGAAGACUAAGUGCCGGGGUUUGCUGCAACCGCAACUACCGUGCAGGGGACCUAAGCCGAACAACCACUGACAGAAUGUCGGGCAAAGACCGAAUUGAGAUCUUUCCCUCCCGAAUGGCCCAGACCAUCAUGAAGGCUAGACUGAAAGGAGCACAGACAGGUCGAAACCUCCUGAAGAAAAAAUCUGAUGCUUUAACUCUUCGAUUUCGACAAAUUCUAAAGAAGAUAAUAGAGACUAAAAUGUUGAUGGGUGAAGUGAUGAGAGAAGCAGCUUUUUCACUGGCUGAGGCCAAGUUCACAGCAGGGGACUUUAGCACCACAGUUAUCCAAAAUGUAAAUAAAGCCCAGGUGAAGAUACGAGCAAAGAAGGAUAAUGUAGCAGGUGUCACUCUCCCCGUGUUUGAGCACUACCACGAGGGCACAGACAGUUAUGAACUGACUGGGUUAGCCAGAGGUGGGGAGCAGUUGGCUAAAUUAAAGAGGAAUUAUGCCAAAGCAGUGGAACUACUGGUGGAACUAGCCUCACUGCAGACAUCCUUUGUUACUUUGGAUGAAGCUAUCAAGAUUACCAACAGGCGUGUAAAUGCCAUUGAACACGUUAUCAUUCCCCGGAUUGAACGUACCCUUGCUUACAUCAUCACGGAGCUGGAUGAGAGAGAACGAGAAGAGUUCUACAGGUUAAAGAAAAUACAGGAGAAGAAAAAGGUUCUCAAGGAAAAAUCUGAGAAGGACUUGGAGCAACGAAGAGCAGCCGGCGAGGUGCUGGAGCCUGCUAAUCUCCUGGCUGAAGAGAAGGAUGAAGAUCUUCUGUUUGAAUAAUCUUUCUUGCUCUGGUUCCUUCUGCAACCCUAACAUGGCACCAUUUCCAUUCGUGGUGUGUAGGUUUGGUACGUGUGGCUAUUUAUUUUUUGGCCUAAGGUGUCCACGUGGGGUUAUCUUUUUGGAAACAUAUUUCAGCAAUCAUGUGUCACAGAUGAGAUUUGUAGAAACAUCGCAAGAGCAUAUAGCAGUGUCUGCACUCACUCUGAAGUGUCACCCUGCUGCACUGACGUCUGUUCCCAGCGAUCCAUUUACCAUUAGGAAGCACCCAUUAGGAAACAGCAGUGUGUCAGGGCAGCCUGCUGAGUACCCUUUGUUCCUUCCCACGUUAGACCUUGGGGCUGGCUGUCUUGACACUUGUGUUACUGUGGUACUUCUCAAGCUUUAUAAAAACCUAUUUUUCUUGCAUGACAGAUCUCUGUCCUGUCAUGGCAGCACUUCUGCCAAUUUAAAUGUAACUAUGGUAUAAACAGUAAAAUAACUUUAAAAUGGACAGUUCCAAUCAUGUUCUUAUGCUCAGCACAUGGUAGUGUCACCUGGAAACAGCUUUCUCUGCAGACAUGCAGGAGGUGGGUAUUCUCCCGUUGUUCCCCUUUCAUGUAUCAAUGUUUUACUAAUUAAGCUUACUGAGAUGAAUUUUGGGGUACUAGUAAAUAUGACUGUCAGUGAGUUGAGGGCUUAUUAAUACUUCCUUAUCUCAUCUGUGAAAAAAAUACUAAAAUUCUGAACUGAGAGUCACAAUUGAACUUUUCACUAUUUUAUAAGCAGUAAUAAUUUGCUACCUUUCAUGUAAGAUGUGGCGUUUUGAGUGGCCAAAUCAGGUGACUGAGGUUUUUUUUUUAAUAAUACUGCAAACAUUAACCUACUAUAAUAAAUCUUAGUUAUGUGCUG